GUCUGUUGAUUAUGUGCUUGAUAUUAUCGCUGAGGUAUCUUUUUGUAUUUUUCUGCCGGGGAUGGGCCAGAUUGGGAAGGGCGGUACGAGGGUGGGACUUGGUGUUGGUGUUUUGGAACAUCAAAGAUGGACAGGGUUUUCGCGGAGGUCGCUCCUCAGAUAUCUCCACAACUACAGAUCGGGGAUCUUCCAAAAUCGAGAAGAUUGGUGCAUACGGCUAGGUCUCUUCACCUUACAAUUUGUAUGGCAAUUUGGCCCGGGGUUGUGGUGUGGUAGGGGAGAAUGGGGGAUAAUCCCACGCAGGAGUUCCGAACGACGUCUGGUUCACGUUUGGCUGGAUAACUCCACCACCACACGGGGUAUGCGGUCGGCGAUGGGGUCAGAAUGCUCGUAUGAUCAAGGGCUUUUCGAUGGAUCUAUCGGCGGGUUCUUAUUCGAAAAAUCGAGCGAGUUCGUGGUGGAGCGGUUUUUGAAACCUUGA